CAAUCCCGGGGACUAGCGGUCGCUGGGGAAGGAUGCUCAAAGAAAAUGGAAAGGAGGAUCGUAAUCGUCUUCAGCAUACUUUUAAAAACACGAGUAUUUGAAAUAUACCAGCAAGUUUUAUUGCUAUAAAUGUGUUGGGUAUAUGAAUAACUUAGGUACAUUCUAGCACGUUUGGAUACGACCAGACAGUAUUGAGACGCGCUUUGGGAUAUAUCCCCGAAUACCGGCGCAGCAGAGACAUUCCGCCUUCCCGAGGCGCCACCCGUUCCGCCGCCACCUCUGCGCCCAGGAUUGCGUGCACGGUACCGGGCGGAUCAUGGACUCAGUCGUACUCCUAAUAGCUCAGUGACGGCGGGCUGAUCAUCUGUGCCCCGACGUGCUUUCGGGAGCUUGGCAUGGGAGUGCUUUCGGAGGCUGAUUUUCCACCUUUCACAAAGCUGGAGGUCUUGCAUGCGUCGAGAGACAAGGACUGAGAUGCAUGGGGAAAAUAGCAUGCAUAUGACCUAUAAAAUCACUUAUAUGUGCGUUUUGCAUAACUGGUUCAUUUAAUAUACUAUAUUUUAAAUUCUUAUUCAGCGUGAGUUCGGAUCCAGUAGGCUGUUAGGAUCCCGAAUUAACUAGCGGUAUCGCUACGGUCGGACUAGCCGUAUGUGUUGCAAGUUGGAUUUUUAGCUCAACCGCUGAAAGGUUCGGAAACGCGAGCCGUUCAUCUGCUGCAGAGGAAUAAGUUAUAUAUUCACCAAUGCAGCUUAAAGCAUGCAUAACAUAUGCAGAUUCAUUUAUAACCUUUUAGAAUAGAGAACUGGCUAGCUUGCAGGCUGCAUGGAUUGGACUGGUUACGGUCUGUGCAAAAAAAAUAAUAAUGAUGCAUGAUUUAUUUAAGGGGUUGGCUCUUUGAAAAGGAGUCGGGUUUUACUGGGGAAAUUACCCAUUACACGCAUAGCAAAAUUAUUCAUGUUUUAUUUUUAAAUAGUUAAUUGCCAGGAAGUCUGGGGAAUCGACCCCAGGGAGAUUAGGGGGUAGCAGGCUGGGCGGCUUUGCUAGCUGCGAAUGACCAUCAGACGGCGGAUUUAAAAGGAAGGGGGACGCUUUGAAAUGAUUCUAGUCCGCUGAAAGCGUCGUCACUGCAAGGAAACACGGUCGCCGUUUGCUUCGGACGCCUACGGCGAGGCUGCCCGCAGUUCCACUGGAGAUAAGAUGCCAUGAUUAGGACGCGAUGGAGGGCUUCGUGUCGAUGACCGCGCGGAUCCCCAGACGCUCGCCGCGCGGAGGCUGCUGCGCGCUCGCCCUGGGAUGGGUGGUGCUGGUCUCCAUGACGACGGCAAGCGCCCCGGGAUCAGGUGGAUCUUUGUUAGCUUCUGACAAGUCAGCGUUUUUCCCUGAGGGCCCUAGAAGUCCAGCUUCAUCCACUGGUUUGUCACCAUCGCGCAGUGAAGCCUCGGGCCCCUCGCCUCGCUCUCAAAGGCUAUCAAGGUCACUGCUAGGUCCCAGGCAGCCUGAAGCUGCUGGGAAGCAUGGCGACGUUAUUGCUGACUUCACCCCAAGUGGAAUAGGGGUAGUAGGUCCUGGUCCUGUCACUCGUGACCCUUGGUCCUCCUUUGACACAUCUAGAAAUGCAGAAGACUAUCUAAAACGUUUAUCCCCAAAGAAACAGAACCACACUUCAGGACAAGUCAGUCAAGGAAGUCCUCAGGACUCCGCUGGCCCUGUCCCGCUGCCCUUUGGUAGUCCGGCCGGCCCUGACAGUGCCCCAGACAGUUCUCCAUCCAUCCCCGGUUUUCCCACAGAAGUUGGAGACGCUGGUCUUCCCAGAGAGCUUUCUAGUAGUCUGCAUAUCAUUAAAGACCCUCUCGACGUCAGCGCAGCCCAGGGUAUCCACCAACUCCUGCAGCCUCCUGGGAAUCUGGAGCCAAGCUACGUGCCUUUCAUCAGACCUCACACCAUGCCGGACAGGCCCGAGGGGACACUGGUUCUUCCAUCGGAGGACAUCUUACCAACCAGCACCAUGGAAGACUACUGGGGAUCAGGUGACUACUUGGAAACAGUUUCCUUCCUAGGCUCUGAGGAUGACUUUGCAAUGGUCACCAGUCUGCCCACUGACAUACAGGACAUGGAAGACUUCAACACUGAGGUCUACGACACCUCCUUCCCUACCAGGGUGGUGCCAUCGCUGUCCUCUCUACACGCCUUUAGUUCUGCCAGUUUCACCCCAGCUUAUACCACUGGUUUGCACACUGAGCCUGCGCCAGUCCACCCCUCACAUGGUCAGCCUACACCUUCACAAAACAAUUUAUCUGACGAUGGCCUGGACUUGGACUGGGCUGAAAUUUUCACAAUCGAACCCACAGAAAUUCUUCUCCCAGAUAUGAACAGUCUGGAGUAUUACACCACUUUGCUAGCCAAGGAGAAUAGUUCAUUGGGACACAAAAACAACCUGAGCUCUAAGCACAUUCCUCGUGAGUCCAUCAGAACGACACACCUUGCACCCACCAGUACCAUUUUAACAGCCCCCAGAAGCAUUCAGAUGGUUUCACCCGAUAACAGCUCCUGGUCCGAGGAAUCCUCUGCGGACAUGUCGUCUGGUUUGGGACCUGCCAGUGCAUCGUCCUCUGAUUCUACAAACCUUGUUAGUCCAGAGCUGGUAAAUGCGUCGCAGCCUUUGCUGGAGUCUUCAAUGAUGACCCCCCCCAUGACACUGUCCAUCGCGCUGCAGGGAGACUCCAUCGCUUCCAGCGCUCAUGCCACUGUGGCCCCCACCUCCAUCAACAGCUCAGCAUUAGCUCCUCCCCAGCCCACUGCUACCCAGCUUCCAAGUGGAGAUAUCUUUCUCUCAACCUCAGAAGUUCUGCUGGUCGUCCCCUCUGCCUCUGAAGAGCAGAUGCUGUCAGUUAUUACCACUCUAGAAAUAACCCCAUCCAUCCCAUCCCCGACUGGCGUGCCCUCCACCGGGGAUCCCAUAACUGAUGAGGGUAGCGCCAAGGAAGCCGUAACGAUAAUGUCCGAGGCCCCCCUCACAGCUGGGGCCAACUCCAGCCUGAUAGGAGUCACUGAUGGCCACUUGACGACUAUCAGCAGCGCGGCUUCUCGCUCCACCACCACCACCACCACCGCUGCCCCCACCACCACCUCCAGCCUCACACCAGGUAAUACCACCCCAAGGCCAGCCACUCCAAGGGGGCCCUUGAUGACGACAGCCUCCCGGACCCCUCAGUCCACCACGUCUCGACAGUAUCUCUGCAACAUCACAAAACCGGACAUGUAUUUGGUCCGAGUUGGUCUGCCCACUGGAUCUACCAUCGCAUACGCCAAGUCCCAUAUCCGCGAGAUCCUGAAGAGCGAAUUCAACCGCUCUGUUGAGCUGCAGGUGGUGAAGGCCCCGCCAGACUUUGUCUUCCGUACGGUGUCCGGUCCGGUGGUGUACACCGCAGUGGCGGUCAUCAACGCACUCCGCCGCAUGGCCCACAGCUCUGCUGCGAUCCUCACAGUGUCACCGGUCUAUAACGUCCCCGACUCCUACUUCCAGGUGCACUCAGUGCUGCAGUUCGUGCCCAGUCAUGUGGAUGUGCGUAUCUGCAGCUUCAGCGAGCGCGUUGAGCGAGGGCUCGCCAUGGCCUACGCGGAAGCCCGCCGGCGCUCACUGGAGUCGACCAACUUCACCGUGGAGAUUGUGAACAUCACCACAGACUCACCGAAGAGCAUGCAAAAGGCGCCGGUGGAUAUCACGUUUGCCAUACGUGAUGCCAGGGGCUAUGUGAGGGGGGCGGAGAUCAGCAGCCACCUGCGGCUCCUCAGCAUGGUGGAGUUCAGCUUCUACCUGAGCUUCCCAGUGUUACAGAUCGCCGAGCCUUUUCACUACCCGGAGCUGAACAUGACCCACUUGCUGCGAUCCUCCUGGGUGAAGUCAGUUCUGCUGGGCGUCCUGGACCAACGGGUGAACGAGCGCACCUUCCAGGCCAAGAUAGAACGGCGCCUGGCCCAGCUGCUGGGGGAAGUACUGGGGUCUGCCAGGCGCUGGAGAAGAGCCACCAGUGUCGGCAACAACAGCUUACAGAUUGUGCGGGCGUCCCGGCUGGAGGGCCAGGACAACCCUUUGGAGGUGGUGUACUUCGUGGAGGGUCCUGGCGGGGAGAGGGUCCCUGCCGGCACCAGCUGCAGCCUGCUGAACCGGCUGGAUGUGCAGCGGGCCGCCAUCGUGCUGGGCUACCGUGUGCAGGCUCCACUAGCCAGGCCUGUGGAGAAGGUGGCUGCCCCUCCCUCGGAGACCCAGAACAGCAACAUGUGGAUCAUCGUGGGUGUGGUGGUGCCUGUGCUGCUGGUGGUGCUGAUCAUCGCCAUCCUCUACUGGAAGCUGUGCCGUUCGGACAAGCUGGAGUUUCAGCCAGACGCCAUGAGCAUCCAGCAGCGGCAGAAGCUUCAGGCUCCCAGCGUCAAAGGAUUCGACUUUGCCAAGCUGCACCUGGGCCAGCACAGCAAGGAUGACAUUGUGGUGAUCCAGGAGCCCGCCCCACCGCCCGCGCCCGUCAAGGAGAUGACGCCCUCCGAGAACGGGGAGGUGCCCACCCCCAAGUCGAAGGCGUCCUCCACAAAGGCGUCCCGCGGUACCCGCCGCAGGGGCAGGAUCUCACCGUCGGACGGGGAUUCCAUGGUGAGCGAGCCAUCCAGCCCCAGGGAGUCGACAGAGGACACCCUGCAGCCUCCGACCACACCCCCCGAGGGGAAGCAACCCCGCAAGCCCCCCAAGAAUGGAGCGCCGACAGCAGGCAGCUUGGACGAGCAGCUCUCCUCAGCCUCCAUCUUUGAGCACGUGGACCGCAUGUCCCGCUCUGCCGACGGGACUCGCCGCGUGUCCAACAAGAUCCAACUGAUCGCCAUGCAGCCCAUGCCAGUGCCAGCCCAGCAGAGCCCUGCCGUGACGGCCAGGGUGCCCGAGAGCGCCACCGUCAACCGCGAGGUCCAGGUAGCGCUGAGGCACAAAUCCGAGAUCGAGCACCACCGCAACAAGAUCCGCCUGCGCGCCAAGAGGAAGGGCCACUACGACUUCCCCGCCAUGGACGACAUCAUGGGCAGCUUUGGCGACACCAAGGACCAGCAGCACAUUUACCAGAAGGCUCAGCAGCAGAUCGACAAGAUCCUGCAGCCGGACGACCAUGUUCCCGCGGCCGCCAUGGAGCCCCGGAGGAGGGGGAGGCGCUCUCCCAAGCAGCGGAAGAAGAACCAGGUGAAUGGCAGCCUUACAGAUGCGGACCGGGACCAGCUGAUCGGCACGGAUAGUGACGGCACGUACAAAAAGUACCCGGGAGUCAACAACGUGGCUUAUGUGUCUGAUCCAGACCAGCCCCCAGACGCUCGAAGCCCGUCUCCGGCUGACGACGUGUUUGUGGGUCCUGGGUCUCCACCUCCCGGCCACGCCCCGCCACCGCCAGCAUACGUGCCCCCACAGCCCUCCAUCGAGGAGGCCCGACAGCAGAUGCACUCCCUGCUGGACGACGCCUUCGCGCUGGUGUCGCCCGGCUCACAGGGAAGCGUGGCUGGCAUCACCCUCCCAGGCCUGAACCAGUGGGCCUCACCAUAUCCCACUGGCCCAGCCAUGAGCCCCUUCUCUACGAGGUAUGCGGAUGCGGCAGUGUCCCCCCAAGCCCAGAGCCCGUCACAGAGCCAGGGCCGGGAAUCGGACUACCUCCCCGCAGAGGACCCAACUCAAGCCGACCAGAUCCAGCCAGAUGCACUGUACUCCAGCAGGGGGCUGUAUGCCGACGAGCUCCCUUCCUCUGCCAGACCUCGGCCUGUUGGGGGCGCCACAGGUGCCCAGGUGCACCAGCUGACCCAGGUGGGGCUGUCGAGCCGGAUUGGCGCAUACCCAGGCUUGGGUCGAGUCUCCUCCGCUCACCCAGGAGGCUCCAGUUGGGGGCGCUACCACUCUGAGGAGGAGUACAGCCGAGCCAUACCUGGCAGAGACCAGGUCCAUGCAUAUCCCGACUGCUACUCACCCCCUGUCCUGCACAUGCCCAGGACCUCACCGAGGGAGCCCUCCGCACCUCCGGCCAACCUAGAUGGUCCUGGGUCAGGGUACAGCUCCGCACCCCCAGAGGAGACCUCCCCGCCAGCCCACUCGUCUGCCUCGCUCAUCAAGGCCAUCCGAGAAGAGCUGAUGCGUCUCUCCCAGAAACAGUCUGCUGUGCCCAGCUACCACAGCUGAAGCAUCAUGCUGGUAUCUCCUAGAAAGUCUGCUAGACUUGCAGCACAGAAUUAAGAAACUCCCUGCUCUCUCCCCACAACAGUGCACCAUGGCCAGCUACAACAGUUGGAUCCAACUUCUGGUCUCUCCCAGAUGCAGUGUCCUAGACUCAGCUACGACAGCUGAAAUCGCCGUUCUUUCCCAGAAACGUUUUGCGCCGCCCAGAAUGGGGGGAGUACUGACUUCCCUGUCAUUCCCAGAAACGUCAGACUGCCGUUUUUGUCAAAGCUGAUCUGGCUGGCCAUUUCCAGAAGAUCUAUCCCAGGCCUAGCUACAACCAGCCGUCCCCAAGUUUCCGGUUCCAUCCGUUCAUAACCACACCAACCACACAAAUCAGUACUUCCCAUGGAAGGUCUCCCUGCACUUCACGCUGUUGAAUCGCUCCUCAACUUUGUGUGAGCAGUUCCAGGUGCAGCGGACCUCAUGAUGGUCUGGUCCCUCAACGCCUAUACUGAGGAGGUGCAGCCUUUCUUGGGCUUGGGGGGGGGGGGGCUUUAAAGACACGGUUAUCUGACAUCCCCAAGCUGGGGCUUCAGCUGGUUUCUAGCAUUAGGUCCUGUGGAUUUCUGCUUGGCAUUUCAGCAGCUGACUUUUAUGAAAAGCCUGUUUUUGCUUCCUUUAUGUUGAGUAUUCCUUAUCGGUUUCUGCACCUGGACAUUUUACCAAUGUUACGAUGACAUUCCUUAGUGUUUUAAAGAUGAAACAUUCUCAGUAUUUUCCUUAAUCAGCAUUAAACCAUUUCAAUAUGGAUGAUUUUGGUUUUUAAAGGUGCAGUAUCAGUUCUCUUCCUAACAUCUUCUGGUGCUAUAUUCCAACCUCGUGUUCUGCCGUGAACCAUACACUGCCUUCUGUCAUAAUGGACAGAUAUUGAUCUUGGUUAUUGAAGGAAUUUUCCUGGUUGGAAAUAGCAAAAAAAAUGCUCAUUCUGGAGGCGGUCCUCCAUUGCUGCGUCUAACGUCAGUUGAAGUGUUGAGUUGUCAUGGUUGAGUUUACACCAACUUCACGUGCAUGGCCGGACUCCCUUGACGGCCGGUUACUGUCAGAACUUGCUUUAAAUAGAAUACAAGUUACCAGUUGCUGGUUGAGAACUUGAGAUUUGAACAGUACCAACGUAGGAGACUGUAAACCCUGGGGAGACCCUCUGCAGGCAGAUAUGUUAAGACCACGAUGCAGAUAAGGUCACUUAUGUUGGUGCCUUUUCUUCCCCAAUUCAUACUCCCUAUGUCUGGGCAUAACCCACAAAACAUACUGAAAUGAUAAAAGAUACAAUUGUAUGAAUGGGUGAAAAAGUAUGGUGUGGGUUGAAAGCAUCUGGCACACCAGCCAGUGUAAGCGUGUUCACUGCAGUUUCACUGGGCUGGAACUGUGCUACAGUAUUUCUGUAGAGACUGUGAGAAAAAUCAGUAGUGAAUUAAGGUACUUUAGUUUUGAUGUUUUUCGUUUUCUGCUGAGGUAUCGCAGGUGAAGUUUCUCCCGGCACCAAAGACCCAUUUGGCCUGCGUUAGGUCUACCAACCCGUCCGUAACGUGGGUCAGGUCAUCUGGACUGAGGAACCAGAGGUACCAUGAAUGGCUACAGGUCACACUGUAAUGUACUCGCCAGCCAUACCAACGGAGUCUCGAGUUGUUGGAGGAGUCUACUUGAUGCUGGAGCAGCAGAAUUCGCUUGAGGUCUCCUGAGAACAUGAGGUUAAAGGAGACAAAGCACAUUAACAAAGUAAUGGCUGGUGGAUGUGGAAAGAUACACUGUGUUAUAUACUAACCCCUCCUUGCACAAAGCAUGUCACGAUGGCUAGGACAGUGUCGACAUGUUUUUUGAAAGUUCGUAGAGAAGAAGUAUAAUUAUUUCCUUAGAUAUGUACUGUACGCUCACGUGGUGUAUUCACUGUUCAUUUAAACUCGUGAUUUUCUUUGACGUUAAUUUUAUGUAGCGUUACACGUUUAGAUAACGAAAAACCCUGCUGUCUGCUUCAUGGGUUUUACUGAAGUUGAUGUUUCUCCAUGUUCCUGUGCCUGAUUGUUUUGUUCAGUUGUAUAACAGGAAGUGAAAUGAGACACCCGGCAGGAACAUAAAAACGUUAAAAUAAAAGCACUGAAACGCUCACGCCGGAAAGAUGAGGUGUACAACGUAUUUAAUGACUUUCAUCAACUUGAUGGCAACUGUAUGUAUCUCUUAUGUUCAUAAUCCUGUUUGUCAAUGAUAACCAUAAUGAACUAACAAUGUUAACCACCCUUAUGGGAAACUGUGGAAUCGCUGAGUUAGUAGGUCUAGUAAUGGAUCAUCCACCAAAGCUCUAGGUGGUGGGUGUGACUCUGCGGUUCAGGACUCUGCCUGUGAUCAGAAGGUUGCCAGUUCAAAUUCUGUGGCUUGAAGAAUGACAUAACUGUUGGGCCCUUGAGCAAGGCCCUUAACUCCAAUUGCUCCAAGGACUGGCCGACCCUGUUCUCUGAUCCUCGCUUGUACGUUACUUUGGACAAAAGCAUGAAAAGGGUAAAUAACAAGUAUAUGGUAGAUGUGAGUGGCAGGGAAGCAUCGUAGAACUUAGACUUUGAAGCUGACGUGAUCCCUCAACCCAGCGCGUGCCUUAAUUCCUGUCUUACAUUUGCACAUGCUCAGACUGUCAAACUCCUUAUGCCGUUCUGUUAAAUGCAAAACCCUGUCAUGAACGUUUAGCCCUCCCCAGUAGACAAUAAAAUCAGCUUCGCCUUCCAAGGUCAGUUUAAAGGUGUGGAUUUACAACAUUCGCACAGUGAUGAGAAGAAGCAACUGAUAAUGGUUUGUAGGGUUAGGGCAGUCUUUUCCAAUCCGGUCCUCAGGGACCCACAGCUGGUCACAUUUUUGUUCCCACCCAGCUCCCAAUGCACUUCUACCGGGUAUUCUGUGUUUUUGGUUUUUUGGUUCAGGUGUACUGGUUGCUGGGAGGGAGUGAAAACGUCUAGGGGUUCUUGGGGACUGGGUUGAGGAACACUGGGGUGGACAUUUAUUUUAUUUAGCUUGCUAUUGUGGUGCUGACUGGCAGUUCAGUCACAGUACAGGUGAGUCCUAGAUGAAGUUUUAGCUAGGCACUGUUCUACCUUAGCUAGAUCCAUUCAAGACCAUUUCUGGGCUCUUUCCGGCCUUGAAAACAUCCUGGCCAGUAAUAGCUGUGUAACAUUAAGGAUCGUCCCCUACUCUUUAGCCUGCUGCCGGUCUGACGUUUCCAUUUACUUCAGGUUACGUAAUAAUUUCAGUUUGUUCCAUCACCCAUCCUCCCACCUGCUUCAGUCUUGCUUGUCACCUGUUUUGUGCAAGUGGAGGGGCACCAGGCAGGUCCAGCUGCUGGCCUGUUUAACAAGCUGCAUGUUUAUUGGAUAGUAGGAUCUCCGGUUUUAAGUAAAUGUGCAUGUUAAUAGACACUGAAGAGCAUAGUGUUGUUGAAACCAAAUGUGACGAAAUUGUGAUAUGUUUGACUCAGAUUAUAAAUAAGGAUGCUGACUUCUUAUGUUUUCUGCCAAGGACCUACAGUUAUAAAGAAACCUCAUGCAACAUAGUUUGGCAAACCCUGAGAGUUUCUGUUCUCUCAAAAUAUCUGGCCCUUUGUGUGACUUACAUAAUAUGCAUUAGAUGGUAUGUUUCUGAGCACUGCGUCAACGUUCAUGAAUCCUUAUGCCAGCUAGCUAACACAUUUCCUAAAAGUGGUCGAAAAAAAACUUUCAUAAGAUUGUCAAGAGAAUCUCAUCAGCACACCCUGACAUUAACUACACCUCUUUCAUAGGGGCUUGCUGUUCAAGAUAUUACGAAAUAUGUUAUGGUUUGUUCCACCUGUUUCUUAACAAGUUUACAGGAAAUCGGUGGACAUGCCAUGAAGGUGCUGUAGGUGGAAGACAUCUCCUGGCUGGGUGAAUGCAUAAACCAAAGUCCUGUUUUCUGAGGGUUACCUGUGGGCAACUUCCAGCUGGUGGUCAUUCAGAGCUUGGGAUGGAGUUGUAUGGGAUGGUAUAUGUUUUGCAUUUUUCUCUGAAUUUAUCGUUAACAUCCACAAAUUGUCAUUAAUGAUGAUAAGGCUUUGGCAUUGUUUGUUUCCGAUAACCUUGCUGUAUUAUCUUACCCCUCCGACGUGUGAGGUCGUAUCGAAAUGAACUGUACUUAAGGGUGUGUUUAGUGUCUCUUGCUUGUCAAGCGUUUCGUACAUUUAACCAAUGAGAACUGGGGGUUCUGGGAAGCUUCUGCGGAUUUGGUGGGUGCCGCGAGCUCACAUGGUGCUCCCCUGACAGCCCCUUCACAUCUCCGUGUGACGUGUCCAUGCCUUUCAUGUCAACCCACAAAUGUGUAAAUGAAAUGUAAAUAAGUAAUGUGUAUUCCACUAUAAAUAUAUAUUUUUCUUUGAUGUUGGUUUGUCCAGUUAAGAGAUUUCAAAGAAAGGUCCAUGUCUGUCUCUGAUCUACUAUUUCGUUUUUUUUUAAUUGCUUAUGUAUUUUGAUUAAAGAAAUGUUAUUUUAAUGACAUUAACAUUAUUAAAACGAGAAUUACAUUAACAUCAUAAGACGUAUACAUUCUUGUAUCCCUCUUGUACGCAUGUGGUCGCCCCAACGUCGCGAAUUUGACGUUCGUGGUAUCGUGUACGCGCGAACUGACCGCCAACCGUUAAAUGGGAAUGUUUUUGUAGCUUAUCGAGAGCGCACGAACUCACAGACGAUGGUAAAAUACAUAAACCAUACUGGAAAUUAUAUAUUUGGUAGUGUAAGUGCAUACUGUAUCUUCAAUAUUAAACGUUAUUUUUUAAAAUUAAAAAAAAAACAACAAUGGGAUCUACACAUCA